AUGAAUUCUCUAUCCCUUCCUUGUCCAGACUCUAUUAGUUCUCUCUAUCAAGAGCCAUUAUGUAUUUCUCGUAGAAUAGUUAGGUCAGAACUUAUUCCUGGUACUGAUUAUUGUAUUAUAUCUGAUGCAUUGGCUGACAACCUUCGUGUUUUAUAUAAGUUGUAUUCUUCCUUUAAAAUGCCUCAUUUACCAAAAGUUGGUGUUCUUUAUUUUAAUGGAGCUUUGACUUAUGAACAAGAUUUACCUACAUACCAAAUUAAACUAAUUGGUGUUGGUAUUGACUCAACUGAGUUAGCAGUAAAAUUGUCUCCUUAUACUACUAUAGCUGAGACAAUUAAUUUUAUUUUAUAUAAAAUUCACAUUCAAGGUCAGUUUGGUUCUAUUCAAAUGUACUCUUCGACUAAUACAACACCAUUGAAUCCAAAUUCAUUUCUUCGUUCAGCAAAUAGCCAACUCUUUAUAUUAAAAUUCAAUAGAAAAAGAAGGGCAAAAACUGUUGCCUUAUUACAAAUACCAGAACCAAGAUUUAAAACGAUGAAAGCACAUAGAAUUGCAAGUCCAGUUCUGAGAGAGUUAUGGAGUUGUGAACCUGAAGAAGAACUAUAA